UUCCAGGUAUUGAACCCUAAAUCCUCCUCAAUUGGAACCAUCAGUCCAAACAGAUCAGACCCUUCAAUGAGUUCAGAUUCGAGUUGUUUAUCAUUCUCCGACGAAGAAGGCCAAAACCCUAACAUCCAUUCAAUCGAUCACUCGCUUGAUGCCAUAGAAAACCAGUUGUCUUCGAUCGCAUUCAACUCUUCAAUCGACGAAGAAACCCCAUCGGUUGCUAAUAAUCACCACGAACCUGUCACAGAGAUCACCAAUGGAUCUAAGAAUGAAAUCCGAAGCGAAAUGCGGAGAAAUUCGUUUGGAGAGAGUAACAAUAACGUGUCUGUAAAUGAUGAUAUUCAGGAACAUCGGAAUAAUGUGAGUGAUGGUGGAGAGUUGUUGGAUUCUGUUCAAUCACAGCGGGUUCCUGGUAAAAGGCAUAUUCAUGAGGAUGAUGCUUCUAUGUCUUGGAGAGAGAGGAAGAAGCACUUUUUUGUUUUGAGCAACUCCGGAAAACCUAUUCUUUCAAGAUAUGGAGAUGAACACAAACUAGCAGGAUUCUCAGCAACUCUACAAGCCAUCGUUUCCUUUGUGGAAGACGGGGGAGACCAUAUUAAAUUGGUUAGGGCAGGAAAACACCAGGUGGUUUUUCUUGUGAAAAAGCCUAUCUAUUUAGUUUGCAUAAGCUGUACUGAGGAGCCUUAUGAGUCACUAAGGGGGCAACUGGAGCUUCUUUAUGGUCAGAUUAUACUUAUUCUUACAAAGUCUGUAAAUAAAUGUUUCGAAAAGAACUCUAAGUUUGACAUGACACCUUUGCUUGGAGGCACGGAUCUUGUGUUGUCAUCUCUUUUCCACUCUUUCAGCUGGAACCCUGCCACUUUUCUUCAUGCAUACACGUGUCUUCCACUUCCUUACGCAACAAGGCAAAUCGCUGGUGCGGUAUUGCAGGACGUUGCCGAAUCAGGCGUCCUCUUUGCAAUGCUGAUGUGUAAAUACAAGGUUGUCAGUUUAGUAGGUGCGCAGAAAGCGGUACUUCAUCCUGAUGAUAUACUGCUACUCGCUAACUUUGUCAUGUCAUCUGAAUCUUUAAGAACAUCUGAAUCUUUCUCGCCUAUAUGUUUGCCAAGAUACAACCCCAUGGCCUUUUUACUUGCUUAUAUUUAUUAUUUUGAUAAUGAUACGUACUUAGUGUUGUUGACAUCAAGUUCGGAUUCCUUUUUCCAUCUUAAAGAUUGUCGGAUACUAAUUGAAAAGGUUCUUGCGAAGUCUAAUGUUCUAAGUGAAGUUCAGAGAUCCUUGUCGGAAGGUGGCAUGCGCGUAGAGAAUUUACCUACCUACCCCUCAACUCGUUCCGAGUCAUUAUUACAUUUGAAUGAAUCCAGACCAGCAACCGUACCUCAAGAUAGAUUACAUGAAUCAGUUUCAAGUAUCGGUGGUCCAGCUGGACUUUGGCACUUUAUAUAUCGUAAUAUGUCUCUAGAUCAAUAUGUAUCUUCUGAGUUUUCAUCUCCAAUCACUACUCAUCGACAGCAGAAAAGAUUAUACAGGGCGUAUCAAAAGCUGUAUGCUUCCAUGCAUGAUAAAGGAACCGGACCCCAUAAAACGCAGUUUAAAAAGGACGAUGAUUAUGUUUUACUAUGCUGGGUCACACAGGAUUUUGAACUAUACGCAGCGUUUGAUCCCCUCGCCGACAAGGGUUUGGCCAUAAGGAUAUGCAACCGCGUGUGCCAGUGGGUGAAAGACGUGGAGAAUGAAAUCUUUUUGGUGGCAGGAACCCCUUUCACCUGGUGAUCUUUGAUCAUAUAUUCCAUUUGUUUAUGUUACUCUUUUUGUAGAACCAAACAUAACAUCUCAAUUCUUUCUAGACACAAUUGUAUUGUAUCAUCAAUAUAUUCUCACAAACAAAGCCCAGCCCACUUAUGAAAA